AUGUCCUUACGUGGUGACAGCGAAGGUGGCUGUGGUGGAGGUGAAAGUCCGUCAUCGUCACCACAUCCAGGUUCUCCAUCUCGAUGGGAUCGCGAGGGAUCAUCGGGUGGAUCGAUUAAUACAGCUGAAUCCUCAUCAACGAUGUGCACCGUUUGCUCAAAGACUCCGGCACGAAACAAUUAUGGAGGAAUUUGCUGCUCAAGUUGCAAGAUUUUCUUCCUCCGUGCCGCCACGAAGGGUUAUCAACCAAGUUGUCGUCAAGUGGAACGUUGCCAUUUCACCUCUAACAAGUGCAAAGGAUGUCGCUAUGCAAAGUGUCUCGAAGUGGGAAUGGUGCCAGAAAUGACUGGCCGACGAGAGGGAUGCAAUCGACGGAGAAGAGCCGAGGAGAAAUUCCAGCGACAAGGCAAGAAAGUUUAUUGGAGAGUGAAAGAGGGAAGAGGGGAAUCCGUCGAUUCUUCAUCCUCAUCAUCUUGUGUUUCGAUUGCCUCAUCUUUGCCAUCGAUACAGAAAAUGACUUAUCUCAAAAUCCAGAAUGAUCCCCUUCCAAAGCAACCGCCCGAUGAUCAAUCAAUGACUGUAAUCAUUAAAGAAUUGAUCGAUUUGGAAAAAUUUUGCCUCAAUGAGACGGAAAACGAUGAUUCGAUGAAUUCGCUCACUUUCAAGUACAAUUUCGACUUGAGUUUCGCGGACUUGCUGGCUGAGCCGACACUCGUUUGUCCGAGGAUAUCGGCCGGUUUCACCGACGCGAAACUUUCCCCAUUCACCCCACCGGAUGCAAUGGCUCGUCGGUGUGCCCGAGUGAUGCUCUAUAUGGCGGAUUGGAUGAGGGAAAUCGACGAAAUUCAGAAUAUUUCGCACUCGAAUCGGAGCCGAGUGUGUUGUGGCGGGAUUCACUCGUUGAUCCCUUUGCUGGUCGCUUUUCACACUCACAAGCACCGCUAUGAGAUGUUGCCGAUCGGAUUGGGGUAUCUCUUCGACGGGAAAACGAUGGGAAAAGAUCACGAUGGUUUGGAUUCAAAGUUUUUCGAGAAAGCGCACUCGCUGAUUUUCGAUCACAUUCUCAAGAUUUUCCGGGACGUUUCAUUCGACAUCGAGGAGUUUGUGCUACUGAAGAAUGUGAUCCUCUUCUCAAAUUCUCACGGUCUUCCCGAAAACGAUGCGCGGAUCGUUCGAGCGGCUCGUCGAAAAUACGAGGAAUUGCUGGCCUGGCGAGUUUGCUCAAAAACGGGAAACGAGUCGCUGGCGCAGACGCGGAUCCUCAAAAUCUUUGGUUUAUGCCCGAUUUUUACGAAUUUCGGGACUUUAUGUAAAGCCUUCAUCACUUUGUGCCUUCUCCGAAAUCUCACCGGUCUCUCAGGGAAAUUGAUUGCCGAGUUGAAUUUCGCG